CACCGCUGUCCGCUGCAUGCGCUCCACACAGCACUACAGAGGACGUCAGGAGGAUCGAGCCCCAUCCACAUCCACAUCGCGAAAUGCUUUGCAAACUGAACCUAACUCAAGCAAUCCUCCCCGAUUCCCUGCGUUUCGGCGAGGAGGCAUUCACACGUUCAGGCAUACAAGCGGGCUAAACAAGACCUCGUGGGAAGUAAGGAAGGUCGUCGAAAGUGGAAAGAGUGCUCGCGUCGAUUAUGAUCUGUGGCACAGGGACCAGCACCACGAGCCAACAUCUGUAACUUCGGGAUUUACUUGUAAAGGAGCUUUUAGUGGAGAUCGUGGGAUAUUCUGUGCUCAAACAUGCCUGUUAGAAGAGGUCACGUUGCGCCACAAAACACAUUCCUUGGAAUUAUUAUACGGAAAUUCGAGGGUCAGAACCGUAAAUUUGUGAUAGCCAAUGCCAGGGUGGAGAACUGUGCGAUCAUAUACUGCAAUGAUGGCUUUUGCGAGAUGACUGGCUUCUCCAGACCAGACAUCAUGCAGAAGCCCUGCACCUGUGACUUCCUCCACGGUGACCUGACUGACAAAGAGGCCAUCAGCCUGGUGUCCCAGGCCGUGCUUGGAUCCGAAGAGCGCAAGGUGGAGAUCACCUACUACCGCAAGGAUGGCUCUGACUUUCAGUGCAACAUCCACGUCAUCCCGGUGAAAAAUGAAGAGGGCGUGGUGAUGAUGUUUAUCUUGAAUUUCGAUUACGUCGUGGAUGAGGAGAGUGACAACUCUACUGAGAAGAUAAGCCCGACGUCCCCUACAAAGUCAGAUCAAAGGAGGAGUAGAUUCUUUCGCUUCCGUCAGGCCGCUUUGAGUCUGAUGAAUACCAACAAGCAAUCUCUUCCGCAAGAGGACCCUGAUGCUGUGAUGGUGGACUCACCCAAAGAGAACGAGGACUCAGUGGCCCUGCAGAACUUCAACUCACCCACAAAGAGCAUUUUUAGUCCCAUUGAGGCCAAUGACACACAUGGCCUCAUAGGCUCCAGCCACCACACGUCCCAGACCAGCAUUGGUCCUGAACCAGUUGACCAUUCAUCCCCCAAACUCCCUUGGCAGAAGCUGUACCAGACAGAGCCCCACCAGUCCUCGACCACCCUGUCAAACACCUUCCCCAGAGGCAGCAUCAACAGCAUGAGGCGGGCCUCGUCCGUCCAUGAAAUUGAAGGCUACAGUUCCAAUUCCAAAAGCGUGUUCAGGGAUCGUCAUACAAGUGAAGGCCCCUUUAAUCAUGUGAAGUCCAGCCUGCUCGGCUCUACCUCGGACUCCAACAUUAACAAGUACAGCACCCUCAACAAGAUCCCUCUGAUAGCGCUCCAUUUUGCAGAGGCUGAUAAGAAGCCUCAUUCCCCGCCUACAUCUGAGACGGCCAUCAUCGCACCCAAAGUCAAAGACAGAACUCACAAUGUCACAGAGAAAGUCACACAGGUCCUGUCACUCGGAGCUGAUGUGCUUCCAGAGUACAAACUCCAGACUCCUCGCAUUGACAAGUUCACCAUCCUCCACUACAGCCCCUUCAAAGCUGUGUGGGAUUGGCUGAUCCUGCUGCUGGUCAUCUACACAGCCAUCCUAACUCCCUACUCCGCUGCUUUUCUUCUCAAUGACCAAGGGGAGCAGAAGAGGCGUGAAUGUGGAUACUCAUGCAGCCCGCUUAACGUGGUGGAUUUAAUGGUGGACAUCAUGUUCAUCAUUGACAUCCUCAUAAACUUCAGGACCACUUACGUGAACCAGAACGAGGAGGUGGUCAGCGAUCCAGCUAAGAUAGCAAUACAUUAUUUUAAAGGCUGGUUCCUUAUAGACAUGGUGGCUGCAAUCCCCUUUGACCUUCUUAUCUUUGGCUCAGGAUCAGAUGAGACCACCACUCUGAUUGGCCUGUUGAAGACCGCUCGGCUCCUGCGAUUGGUCCGUGUAGCCAGAAAGCUGGACCGCUACUCUGAGUACGGCGCUGCUGUACUCAUGCUCCUCAUGUGCAUCUUUGCCCUCAUCGCCCACUGGCUGGCCUGUAUAUGGUACGCCAUCGGAAAUGUAGAGAAGCCCUACCUGGAGCACAAGAUUGGCUGGCUGGACAAUCUGGGCGUGUCCAUAGGAAAGAGAUACAACUACAGCGAUCCAAGCUCUGGUCCCUCUAUUAAAGACAAGUACGUCACAGCACUUUACUUCACCUUCAGUAGUCUGACCAGCGUGGGCUUUGGAAAUGUUUCCCCAAACACCAACUCAGAGAAGAUCUUUUCCAUCUGCGUCAUGCUGAUUGGCUCCCUCAUGUACGCCAGUAUUUUUGGAAACGUCUCAGCCAUCAUCCAGAGGCUGUACUCGGGUACGGCCCGCUAUCAUGCUCAGAUGUUACGGGUCAAGGAGUUCAUACGCUUCCACCAGAUCCCAAACCCACUGAGGCAGAGGCUGGAGGAGUACUUCCAACACUCAUGGACCUACACCAACGGCAUUGAUAUGAACACGGUGUUAAAAGGUUUUCCUGAGUGCCUGCAGGCGGAUAUCUGCCUUCACCUCAACAAAAGUCUUCUGCACAGCUGCAAAGCUUUUGAAGGAGCCACCAAAGGCUGCCUGAGGGCGCUGGCCAUGCGCUUCAGAACCACUCACGCCCCUCCUGGAGACACUCUGGUCCACAGUGGAGACGUGCUCACCGCUUUGUACUUCCUGUCCCGUGGCUCUAUUGAGAUCCUGAAAGACGACAUUGUGGUAGCCAUCCUGGGAAAGAAUGACAUCUUUGGAGAGAUGAUUCAUCUAUUGGCCAAACCAGGGAAAUCGAAUGCUGACGUGCGAGCACUCAGUUACUGCGACCUGAGCACCAUUCAGAGAGAGGAUCUGCUGGAGGUGCUGGACAUGUACCCAGAGUUUGCUGACUGCUUCUUCAACAACCUGGAGCUUACCUUCAACCUCAGAGAUGAUUCUGCUAAGCCGUCAAAUUCAGACUGUGAUUCAGACGACGAGGGCUCUAAGAGCGUAAAACGAAGGAUCUCCUUUACACCAGAUCCAGCUAAAGGGGAAAACAAGGAGGUGGUUGAAGACAUGGGAGGGAACAGGGAGUCUAACUUGUGCCUAAAGAGAUCUUCAGAAGUCCUUGGUCCUUGUCCGCCCAGUCCUGCAGUCCUGGACUCAAAUCUUAUUGUGAGAGACAGCAUGGAGAGGAGGCCGUCUUUUGAAGAUCUGUGCUGUGAUAAAUGGGCCUGUAAGAAACCUACAGACUUCCUGGAUGAGUCAGCACACUUCCAGGACCUUAGGGAGGAUGAUAAUUCUGCCAGCGAUAUCAUGUACGGAGAGGUGGAACAACGCUUAGGUCAGCUUCAGGACCACCUUAACAGGCUGGAGUCUCAGCUGGUGUCAGACAUGCAGACCAUCCUUCAGCUGCUGCAAAGACAGCCAACACUUGGACCUCCAGCAUACAGCACUGUGACAGCCAGUCCAGACUAUCACAGACCUGCAGUGAAGGUGCAGCCAGUCGCUCUGACUGCAAGCCAUUUCUUCAGCCAUACAGGAACUCAAGGCCCGAACCUCAAACUGGAGAGAGGCAUUCAGGAAUCCAAAGACUCUGUGUCGAGCUUGGCCAGUGUGAAUGCAUCCAUGGAGGACAGCCUUACAGCAUUGCUUGUACAAAGACAUACAGAGCCACAACAACAGCAGCAGCAGCAGCAGCAGCAGCAACAACAAAUCACAGGACAUCAACAGCCUGCACUGCUCCUUCUUCCAACUGAAACCUCUUCCAACUCCUCCUUCUCUUCCUCUCCAUCCCCCUCUGACUCCCAACUCAACGCUGCUGGACUCCAUAGACCCAUCUCAGACCCGGAGUGCUCCAGACCGUAAACCCUCCAGCAGCACAUUGUUCUAAUAUCUAGGUUGUAAUGCUGUAAUUACUAAGUAGCAGCUUCUUUUCAGCAUGCUGGUACAGACUUCUGUAUUGUUAGUUUGCAUUGUCUUGGUAAUAGAAAUAAGAAGGUUUUUUUCAUUAUGCAUGUGGAUAAAAUACUGUUCACUGCAGCUAACAGUGAGAUAACGGACUGUUUUCUGCAGUAACCAGUGUAAUAACAAUAGUUACAUAUUGUAACAGUAGCUCUAUCAACACAAAGGCCCUUUGUUGGAUUUAACAGCCUCUUAACUCAAUUCUACCCUUUCUGUAGGGAUACUGAUUUAAGGGAUGCAUCUUGUUGGGAUAGAAUUAGCACAACACCUAAAUAACUCUCUGUUUCCCCCAGGCUUUUUACUCCGAUGGACUCUGAUGGGGCUCUGUAUCUUCUCUUUUAAACCUGUUGCAACAUUUUAUGCUCCAAAAGCUAGGGAUGCAUCAAUCCUCGUUUUUAGAUCCCGAUACCGAUAUUAAUACCUUUGUAUCUGCCGAUACCGAUACUAGCCGAUCCGAUCCUUGUAUUGAUUUAACAAUCUCUAUUCCUUAAUGUGAGGAUAGAAUCAUGUUUUGGCAACUUCAGGCUUUGCUGACUUGAUGGUGAACUGUACCUGGGUUCCAAGUACUUAAUUUCAAGGAUCCGGAACAAUUUAAUCCAAUAACCUGUCUGCUUCUCACACUUUGAAUCCAUGUAUAGAAGGUUUCUUCCUUCUUUGCAGUGGGCUACAGCUGACCUAAACUUCUUCCUUUGGGCUUCCAUUUUAAUUUUCAGCUCGACUACCAUCUGUUGAAACAUUACCGCUGCAUAUGUUGCAAGUUUCCGGCGGAGUUGUUAGCAAAAGAAGUGUGACAUGCACCUAAACUACAGAACCUCUGUAGUUAUCCUCCAUCAUGCUCCAUCGGGCAAAAAUUCACAGACCGUCCGGCACUGAUGACGUAGGAGACCCACAUGGGUGUUGUAAACACAGAAAAGCAUGGAACUGAGAUGAAUAGAUCUGCCACAUGGAUCGGCACUAUAUAUCGGCCCUUUGUCACUGAUAUCCGAUCUAGCUUUUUGAGUCCGAUCUAGCCGAUACCCGAUACCAGGAUUGGGUUGGUGCAUCCCUACCAAAAGCCCUGACAACCAUCAGUCAAUUGAUUGUCAUUUAAAUAUCAACAAACACAACAAAAGUUAUUGUGCAUAAAAAGCAGGUCUAGACCGAGCUGUAUGUAUUAUCAUUUGGACCUAAAAUGACACAACAUGAGCAGGCACUUGGCAACAGUAGCAAAGAGAAACUUCCUUUUAACAGGCAGAAACCUCAAGCAGAACCAGACUCAGUGGUGGACAACAAUCUGCAGUGACCUUGCCUAUCAGAAAGAUGUCCCCUUCCAUCCAUCAUGACUUGUUCAGCAAGAGGAACUGGCCGACCUACCUCACACUGGACAAGUUCCAAUGUCCAGUGCCCAAGGAAUCAGUACAAUAUAUCAUAUGGUUUCUUACUGGUGCCAGCUACAGAGCUAUGACAGGCUCCCCAACUUUAAAGAGGAUGUUAUCUCAAACUAGGACGUGCAUACAUAGGAAGACUCAAGUGCUCAGAAACAUCCUCAGAGAAGGUACCUGUUGGAUUUGAGCAUUCUCAGCAAGACUCCCAAGAAGAGAUCAAAGCCAUGGAUGGACUUUUGGCAAAGAAAGACUUUCAAAGCCAACCUUAUCUGGUUUUCCGACAGAGGUGAGGGUGACCGCAGCGCCAUCCCAGAGAAUGCUUCCCAAGAGCAGAUAGAAAUGUAUCGCCAGACAGACAAUGUGACAUCGAACCAAUGCAUCAUUAUCAGUACUCCUGUGCAGGAAGGCAUUAAAAAGCCAGACAAAUAGGUCACCCACCUGUUUGUAUCAAUGCAUCAGAGUAGUAAGGCCACCUUAUAGAAAAGAUAAAUUAAGAUUUUGAGAUCAAAGUUGUAAAUUCAUGAGAAUAAACUGAAAUUUAAAGAAAACUGUUGAAAUUUAAGAAAAUUAGGACAUAAUAUAACAAGAAUGAAGUCGUACAAUAUGAGAUAAAAGUAAUCUUAUUAAGCUAUGGUUAGUCUUCAUGUUAUAUGAAGAGACAAAUCAGAAGAGUCGUCUGCAGCUGCCUGCACUCAAAUGGAGCCUCCUGUGAAAAUAUACUUCAAAUUUAAUAAAAAACUAAAAACUUGAUCUUUCAAAACAUCAGUACCACAUUGUCAUAAGGAUUUGGAUUCUGAUUGCGCAAGAAACUGAGUCUGUUCUGAAGAAGCACAGGCUACUUAUUAGCCUGUGCACACUUCUGCAACCGCUGUUUGUCCUCAAGCUGUUGAGUUUAACUUCACAAGAUGAUUCACAGUCCUCGUUUUAGCGCAGGGAUUUGGCUGGUCUUUUGAUACUCCUUCUUUCUCAUUAAAUCACUCGUACGUUUAGACUUUCAUCUCAUAAAUGUACAAUUUAAAUCUCAUAAAUUUGAGACUUUACUCUGAAAAUCUCCCUCUCUCUUUUUCCUCUUAUUUCUUGUUUUUCCCUGAAGUGGCCCUAAUCCUAUUAAAGAGUAACAAAGACCUGGCGUGACCCUAAUCAAACUUUUGAAUGUAUUUUUCUUACUUUAACAGCAGUUAUUACUUAGACAGAACCCUGCAAAAUAGCAAUAAUUCAAUACCGAUACGUUUAUCUGAAAUAUCUGUGGUAUGGCCUUAAAUGCAGCACCUGGUAGCAGCAAGUAUGCUAGCCAGUGUGUUAAUAUGACAUAAAAUAUCAUUAAUGUACUAAAGUGGCAAAAAUGUACUUGUGUCUUCACCAAGCGGCAACCUCCGGUCUCAAACUAUGAAGCCCAUACUGAAGUGUUAUAAACUGCAGCUCAUCGAGAAUCCGCUUGAGGCUGGCUGCAGAAACACCGGAAACCACAUAGACAUGAAUGGGAAAAAGACGAUCUUUGCAGCAUUAAUAAACAUGUUUACAGCCUGGUUCAAAAAACAGCUUGGCUCUACAUAACUAAAUUCUCUAUCGGCACACACUGUACGGGGGGUUGAAUUUUAUUUCUAACGCGACGGUUCAGAAGAUAUUAAGAUUAACAGUUUUUGCCCAAAUAAGGACAUGACUGACUUGACUCCCGGACGGGAACACAUAGCUGUUGGCUAGGAUGCUUAAACCCCACCUCUUUACGUCACACUCUGCCUGGUUGAGUUCCGCAUUUCCAAUAUGGCUGCCGCCGUCGAUUGGCUUCAAAACAGCGCUCAGGAACAGAUGGGUGACAUCACGGAUACUACAUCCAUUAUUUAUACAGUACAUGGUCUUCACCAAAACAUUACAAACCAUAGCAAUUAAUAUAAUAAUUAAUAAAUAUAGAAGUGCUACCACUUGCAACUAUUGCCUAAAGGUGUGAAGACAAAUUGAUUUAUGGUCAUUUUUAAUGCCAUGAUAGUAAAAAAAAACAACAACUAUGUGAUGCUAGCAGAUAGUAGAGUAGUCAAACCUAGCUAUUCUAUUGUCAUUAAUAACAGUAUAAGUAUAUCAUCAAUUUAAAGUUGUUCUUAUUUUUAUCUGCAUUAAAGAAAAGAAAAUGAUUAAAUGCUGGAAAUAUAAUUUCAGGAUAUUUAAAAGGUCAAAGUCUCUUUUUGGCAAACAGAACAAUAUCAGGGGCUAGCUAAGAUAACUGCUUAUUUUAGUUUAGCUUUGUGUGCUGAUCCAGGUUAUACAGAUAUGACAGGAGAAUUAUCAAGUCCAUGCAUAGUUAAAAGUAAACUGCCAUUAAAACAAUAAUAAUGAUAUGAUGUUUUUACCACACUGGUAUCAGAGUGGUAAUCAGAAAUGACCGAUACUCAUGUUUAGGAAUUUGAAUCUGUAUCUGGGAAGGAAAAUUAGUCUUGUCACAUCUCUAAGGUCAAGCCUCUGUCCUUCCCUCCACCCCCCCACCCCCCCUGUGUUCGGAGGCAGUGAAGAAAAUGAUUACACAGCCAUUCUUUCUCCAGUCCCUGGAAUAUUUGCAUGGCACCUGACUCUGAGGCAGUGACAAGGACAUGGGUUGAAACACAAGGUGAAUUUCCACCUCUGGGAUGGAGGAUUUUGACUUGUACCGGCCACAUCAACACCUUCAACAGAUAUUGCUGAUCGUGGUCAUUACUGCAAGAGCCUGUUAGAGUUCAAAGCCUGAGCGAAAAAUAUACAGACUCUUCGAAUUAGAGGGUCUGAGCCUGCAUAUGAACACACUGUACAAACUUUUUUCUGCAGCUGUUAUUGUAAUACAGCAUUAUUACAAAGGUGUAAGAACACUUUUCUUAUCCUUAGUUUUAAGCCUGUCAUCUCUGAAGUGUGACUCAGGGGUUAUGGACAAUUGCACUGCAAUAGUACAGUAUUAUGUAUACUGUAGUGUUUUUUUUUUGUUUUUGAUAAUGUGCAUUAUUACUGCAGUCACUGAUGUGCACCUACUGUACCAAGUUAAGCCAAUAGAACACACCAUACAUGCUUGCCCGAGCAGAUAGCUUAUUCCCAAGCUUCGCCUCUGACAAACAGGUAUGAUGUAAGUAUUUCUACAAGGCAGUGCAUGCGUUUUAUAUCUAUAUAUUUACUGUUUUGCACUGCUUAUGAGCCCAAAGUAGCACAUAAUAAAAUAAAAUGAUGUCAGCAUACUUAUCUCUGUUUAGGAUGCACUUAAAGGGUGUGUUGGGGCUAGGGUGUAGGUGGGAUGGGGUAGUACUUGCGCAUAAACAGACCUACAGGGGGUCCUGUGCCUAUACAACCAAUCCAAAUGCUAAUUUAGCAUCUUCAUGUAAUACUAACCAUAUCAUAAACAAAUUAUAUUGUUUCCCUGUACUGUUUGGUGGCAAUGUACAUUAACGAAAAAAUGUUGUUAGAAAAUUGUUAGAAAAGAAAUACUGCACAUCAUAUUGCCAUAUGUAAAAAAAAAUGUAUUUUUUUUAACUGAGUAAAUUAUAAGAUAAACUCUUUAGAAACAGUACUACAUAUGUUUGUUUUGAAGCUGUCGGAGCAAUAAAUAAAAAAAUUGGAGUCCC